UGGGGUCCCCCGCGGCUGGAUGGCUUCAUUCUCACAGAGCGCCUGGGCAGUGGCACGUACGCCACGGUGUACAAGGCCUACGCCAAGGUGGAGACCUGGAGGGAGCCUCGUGUCAGUGUCUUAAGAAUGGGCUCAAAUGUAUUCAUUGGUUGAUUCUUGUAUGUGCCCUGACUGGGAGGACACCUGGUGGGCUGGGAGGAGUCUUGGACAGGGUUCUGGAAGGCUGGACCCACUUAGGAAGCAAUCUGGGCAGUUCUAGAACAUGGAAUGAAGGACAUGCCUUAGUGGGAGCACUCUAGAAGGGCUCAUGGGACUAAGGGAAGAGAGGGUUUAAGAACACCAGGCUGGGUGGGGAGGCCAGAAUCCCAUAAACAGGGGUUCUCAUUAGCCUGAGAAGGGGAAGGUUGGAUGCUGGUGUGAGUGGGUAAGCCCAGUGAGGGGGAGAAGGGUAGAGGGAAUCAGAGCCUUUCUGGCCAGGCAUGGGCCCUGGCUUGCUCAAGGUAGAUCCCUCAAAUCUCCUGCCUCCGUAGAAGGACACUCGAGAGGUGGUAGCCAUAAAAUGUGUGGCCAAGAAGAGCCUGAACAAGGCAUCUGUGGAAAACCUCCUGACAGAGAUUGAAAUCCUCAAGGGCAUUCGACACCCCCACAUCGUCCAGCUGAAAGACUUCCAGUGGGACAGUGACAACAUCUACCUCAUCAUGGAGUUCUGUGCAGGAGGUGACCUGUCUCGCUUCAUCCAUACCCGCCGGAUUCUGCCUGAGAAGGUGGCUCGUGUCUUCAUGCAGCAGAUAGCUAGUGCCCUGCAGUUUCUGCACGCACGAAACAUAUCUCACCUGGAUCUGAAGCCACAGAACAUUCUGCUGAGCUCCUUGGAGAAGCCCCACCUUAAACUGGCAGACUUCGGCUUCUCGCAGCACAUGUCCCCGUGGGACGAGAAGCAUGUGCUCCGCGGCUCCCCUCUCUACAUGGCCCCCGAGAUGGUGUGUCAGCGGCAGUACGAUGCCCGUGUGGACCUCUGGUCCGUGGGGGUCAUUCUGUAUGAAGCCCUCUUCGGGCAGCCCCCCUUUGCCUCCAGGUCGUUCACAGAGCUGGAAGAGAAGAUCCGGAGUAAUCGGGUUAUCGAGGUGGGUCCUGCAGGGCCUCAGCAACCUGUUGUGGGACAGAGGGAAGCAGAGCCCUCAGGUUGGAGACCUCACUAUCCCUGCACGGACUCGGGUGUGGGCUCUAGGUACCUUGUGCUGGGCGUGCUUGAAGCUCCAUUCAGUUCUAGGGACCUAGAUCAGCCCACAGAUUGUGUAGACCCAGGCCCAGUCUUCCCAAAAGCAUCAGCCUGGGAGGGGAGAACCCGAAUUAGGAUUCUACGACAGCUCAGGGCUCCAGGGAGGGCGUGGGCAGGAGCCUGGGCAGGAGGCUUGGCUCUCUACUGCCUUCAUCACCCAGACGUGUCACUGUUCCUCUUGGCUCUCAGAUUCUCCACCUGUCAGACAUGUACCUCUGGGACAUACCAGGACAGGGUUGGGGAGGUUCUGGAGCCCAGUGUGACCUGUCCCCCACCCUCCCCUCAGCUUCCCCUUCGACCCCAGCUCUCCCCAGACUGCCAGGACCUGCUGCGGCGGCUCCUAGAGCGGGACCCUGGUCGUCGCAUCUCCUUCCAGGACUUCUUUGCCCACCCCUGGGUGGACCUGGACCACAUGCCCAGUGAGGAGAGCCUGGCACGAGCAACCAUCCUGGUGGUGCAGGCUGUGAAGAAGGACCAGGAGGGGGAUGCUGCGGCUGCCUUAUCACUUUACUGCAAGGCUCUGGACUUCUUUGUGCCUGCCCUGCACUACGAAGUGGAUGCACAGCGGAAGGAGGCAAUUAAGGCAAAGGUGCGACAGUACGUGUCCCGGGCUGAGGAGCUCAAGGCCAUUGUGUCCUCCUCCAAUCAGGCCCUGCUGAGACAGGGGGCCUCUGCCCAAGACCUGCUCAGAGAGAUGGCUCGGGACAAGCCACGCCUCCUGGCUGCUCUGGAAGUGGCUUCAGCUGCUGUGGCCAAGGAGGAGGAAGCUGGUGGGGAGCAGGACGCCCUGGACCUGUACCAGCACAGCCUGGGGGAGCUGCUGCUGCUGCUGGCAGGGGAGCCCCCAGGCCGGAGGCGGGAACUGCUUCACACUGAGGUUCAGAACCUCAUGGCUCGAGCUGAAUACCUGAAAGAGCAAGUCAAGAUGAGGGAGUCUCACUGGGAAGCCGAGACCUUGGACAAGGAGGGGCUGUUGGAGUCUGUUCGGACCUCUUGCACCCUGCAGUGACCACAGAAAGAUGACUGCACAGACCAUGGGCCACCUGAAGUUGGGGGACACACCUAGGCUGCUGCCCGGAAUUCUGUGGCCCUCUGCAGUCUGGCGGGGUAGCCUUCCUGGAUGGGCAACCCUGUGAGCACUGCGUCCCAGGGUCCCUAACAACCUCAGGAUGCCCUCCACCCCGCAAAGGCUCUGAUGGCCCAGCCCUUUAUGGGCUGGGAGCACUGGGUCUGGCCCCAGGGGAGGGAGCAGACCUCUGGGAGAAGUGUCUCAUGUGACUGUGGUUAACUGGUGACUGCUGGACCCUGAGCCUGUCAAUUUAGGGCAUGAAGGCUCAGAUGUAGCCUGUGCCCACCCCUUUCCUUCCUGGGAGCCCUUAUUUCAACUCGCCUCUGUCCUCGCAGUGGACCAGGGCGCUCAGGGACCACCCCCCCAUGGUCUGCACUCAGCCCCACAGAACACCAGUCAUCUUGGAAGCUGAUGUCUGUCCACCCUGUCUCAGUAUUUUAAGUUAAUCCUGCAAGCCAUGAAAAGAAUAUAUUUCGAAGGAUGGGGCAAAUUGAAGAAACUCAUGCCUGUUCCUGCCCUGCCCCAGAGGGUCUGCAGGGAGGUCCUUCAUCCUCACCCCUCCAGCCUUCAUCUCCCUUGAGGGAGCAGCCCUUGUUUUCUGCAGAGCUGGUCCUGGCCUGGCACAGGGAGGCAUGGGGCUGCCCGGCUCCUCAGGUUUUGGAGACCCACUAGCCCAGGAGACACUUCAGGACUGACAUGGCUGCCACCCCGCCUGUGCCCUGGGCAAGCACCUUUCCUUUUCUGGGCCUGGGUCUUCCCAGCUCCAUUGGUGUUGCUGUUAUCUCCUAACCCCCUCCCCCCAUGUGGGCUUUUAGGAGUACCAAGUGACUUCCAUCUGGAGAACAAUGUAUAUACCUGGGGUUACUUGGGGACUUGUUUUUAAAACUCUGGCUGUUGGUGAUUUCUAACCUUUCCACCCUUCAUUGCCUCCUGGGGCAAGGGUCGUCUUUUCUUCUCUAUCAGAGGCCAGUAUGAAGUGUAUCAUUUAUUGUUUCCUUAUUAAAUUAUUUUUUGAA